AUGUUGCGCUCCUUGGCUGUCGCUCUUUUGAGCGUCGGCACCGCCCUCGCCCUCUGCAGUCCGGCAAACCCAUGCCCUGAAAGCUCUCCCUGCUGCUCCCAAUAUGGUGAAUGCGGUAUUGGUGCGUACUGCCUUGGCGGAUGCGACCCUCGAGGCUCCUUCAAGCUCGACGCCUGCGCUCCCGCUCCUGUUUGUAGCGACAAGAAGAUCAAAUUCGACAAGAUUGACAAAACAAGCGUCAACAUUCUCAAAUACUUGGGCGACGCUAGCAAGGCCGACUGGAUGGUUCAAGGCGAGGUGGUGCAAUACAAUGACUACGCCCUCAUGACCAUGGCCAAGGAUACACCUGGCACCGUCUUGGCAUCCACCGAGUACAUGUGGUACGGCAACGUCAAGGCUACCAUGAAAACGAGCCGCGGACGCGGCGUUGUCACCGCCUUUAUCCUGCUUUCCGAUGUCAAGGAUGAAAUUGACUACGAAUGGGUUGGGGUCGACCUUGGCACCUCGCAGACGAACUACUAUUUUCAAGGCAUUACUAACUAUGGCAACUCCGGCAACAUUUCAACCGAUGAUACUUUUGGCAGCUGGCACGAAUACGAAAUUCGCUGGACUCCCGACAAGAUUGAGUGGCUGGUCGACGGCAAACCCCAUCGGAGCAAGGAGCGCAAGGACACUUGGAAUAAGACUGCCAAUGCCUGGGCCUUUCCACAGACACCCGCUCGAGUCCAGCUCUCCAUUUGGCCCGGCGGUAAGGCUAGCAAUGCUCCUGGUACCAUCAACUGGGCUGGUGGUGUCAUCUCGUGGGACCACCCCGAUGUUAAGAACAAUGGAUACUACUACGCAGCUGUCAAGUCUGUCGAGAUUGAGUGCUACAACGCAAAGAAUGCUCCCGGGACCAACAAGGGCAAGAGCUACAUUUACACGGAUGCCACGGCCACCAACGACACGGUCAAGGACACAGACAAGAGCACCAUACUGGGCUCAUUUGACGCCACAGGUCUCAACAUGGACCUCGGCAAGUCUUCUGACCCUGAUAAGCCCAAAUCUACACAAGCUUCUGUGCCCGGCGGCGGCAUUCCAGGCAAGAAUGAUCACGGUGACGCCGCUCCUAGCGGCGGCAAUGGCGGCGGCGGCGGAGGCGGCAACUCGGCCACCCCUCCGGCCACGGGCCUGGACCCCAAGACCUGCGACCCCAAGGUCUUUAGCCAAGCUUGCACCACCAGCAGCGACGGCAAAUCGAAACCUAGCGGUCAGAGCUCCGGCUCACACACGCAGGCCAGCAUUCUGGCCAUCAUCAUUGCGGGCGCCGCGCUCUUCUGGCUAUAA